AUGGAUAUGAAAUGGGAUACUCGUGAUGGCAGCGACUUCAUCUUAGAUCCUGAGCUUUUUACCAGCGCCAUGGAGGACAACAAUCAUGGGCUAUUGAAUCUUCCUUCUCUCGGGGUGAACGAGUGGACCGUAGCAGAUCACGGUGACUAUGUUCUCCCGUACGAUCUCAAUUUAGGUCUCCUACCGACCAUGGAAACCCCCAGUGCAGGCGGCUCCUCAUCAAGCGUUUCAAAAGGUCAUACAGCCUCUCAUCACUCUCGACCAGACAAAUAUGCCGAGUACCUGACUCCGCCCCUGAGCUCUGGUUGCAGAGACCAUGACUGUCCGCAGGAAGUUUGCGAGAUCCUUAGCCGUCUGUCAAACAUCAAUCUCAUGAAAGGCCACUCCACUCCUUCCGGCACGGCUGCCAGUGUUCCACUGGACCAUAUGCUCCGCCUCAAUCGGGAAGCCAGUGAGCAACUGCGGCGGUUAUUAACAUGUCCCUGUGCGAAAUCUGCGAACUUAGUCCUCCUCUAUGCAUCAAAUAUCUCUCGCGUAAUGCUAUGGUACCAACAGGCAGCGGCCUGUACCUCGAGUCCCUCAUGGAGGCAGGCUAGCCUGACCCCAGACGCCACUUCACAAAACACAUCGCCAGCAGCGUCAUCUCCCGAUUAUAGCUCUGGUUCUGGCACUGGAUCAACGAAUUGGUCGAGCAUGGGGACCCAUAGUACGUUCCAUACCGGAGCAACCACCGGCGGUACACAUUCGGAAAUGUCGGUGACCACGGCCAAAAUGGCGAUCGGAACUUUUGAUGUGGAUGACCUUCGCGUCCAAACAGCACUGAAGAUCCAACUACUCUUGGGCGAAAUGCGACGGGCUUCGCAGCUGAUUGAUCAGUUUGUCACAUCGCAUGGUGCUGGCCACCAGUGUCGAGAUGAUGAGCCAAAUUUUGGGGGCCUGGACACUCUCUACCAGAGCUUGGACUCGUGGCUCCGAGAUGAGCAUUCACGGAUUACCAAUUGGAUGAAAGCUAGGCUUCGAGAGCUGAAUUCGUGA